GGCUGGAGCCUAUUUCUGGCCCAUUUGCUGCUGCUUCCUCAGCAUUUAGUACAGUGCUGAGCACAUGGUAGGUGCUCAGAAAAUAUUUGUUGGAUGAAUUUAAUGAAUGGUAGCGACUGCUAAAACCUUGGAGGUAGAGGAGGAGACAGUAACCAAGACCAUGAACAAUAACCUCUUGUUGUUCUUACAAACCCCAGGUACCCCAGAGCUCAGUGUGGUUCAAACAGUGUAGAUGUGCCCACCCUCCUGAUCCAAGGGCUGAGCCUGGAAGACUCAGGGCUCUCCCUAUGCAGGCCCUCCUUGGGCACAGGCUCACCCAUGGAGCUGGCAGCUGACCACUUUGCCCCCUUCCUCCCAAAUAAUAGAUGGGAUGGGGUAGUGGAUAAGAGUCUGGGCCAGGCCACUUGCAUUCAAACAGCUGUGUGACUUUGGACAACUUAGUUAACCUCUCUGUGCCUCUGUAUAACAACAAUAACAAUAAUACCUACAAAUAGCGUUGUGAGAAUUAAUUAGCUGAAUACAUUUAAAGCACUGAGAAUAAUGUAAGCUUUCAAUAAUUAACUCUUUCACUAGAAGGCAAACUCCUGAGGUUAGGGAAUUUUGUCUGUUUUACCACUUUAUCCACGGAAUUUAGAAGUGUCUGGCAUACAGCAGGCUCUCAGUAAAUAUUCAUUAAAUGAGUGAAUGAAUAAAUCCAUACCCACCCCAACAUUGCUCAAACCCAGGCAAAGGUUUUUAACCACUUGCCUCUCUGGAUUGUGAGGGACUUUCAAGUCACCUAUUACAAUUUCAGUUUGCACACCUUUGGAGGGGGACUUCACCUUACUCUCGCCAGGCUGCUGCUCCCCCCACUCUGGUCAGCCUGGAGCCUACGUCCUUUCUCUUUCUACCUAAUGGUCCUGGUUCUACCCAGAGGUCACACAGAAUGUAUCAGUCUCCUGAAGUACUUACUGUACCAACCCUGUUCCAGACACUGAUGCAGAAAGGAAUCAGACACAGUCCCUGCCCCUCGGGGUCAUAUAGGCUUAUCUUCAAACAAUUGGUUCAAAGCCAACUCAGCUGACAAAGAGCCCAGCAGAAUGCUGUGGGGAGAGGGGCUCCCAUCUGACUUGAGGUUCUGGAGUGUCCUUGGAGAAGGACCAAGCGGGGCUGGGGGAAUGGGUUGAAGAGUUGCAGGAAUAGUUAAAAGAAUUCCUGUAUCCUCCUCAUCCGCAUUCACCAUGGCUAACAUUCCCUCCUUUUCUCUGUCUACACACAUAUACCUUCUGUUUUGGGGGGAACCCUUUGAGGUUAGGUGGCAGGCAUCAUGCUUCUUUACCCCUAAAAGCUUCAGUAUAUGUUGCCUAAGAAUAAGAACAUUGUCUAUUUAACAUUGAAUUUAACAUUGGAAAUUUAACAUUGACGUAAUACUAUUAAAUAAUAUACAGUCUAUUUUUAAAUUUUACCAAUUAUCCAAUUUCUCCUUGUGAUCCAGGAUUCAAUUCAGGAUCACACAGUCCAUUUAGAGUCAUGUCCCUUAACUUGGGCUUGUCUGAUGUUUCUUCAUGAUUACAUUCAGGUUAUACAUUUUUGGCAGGACUACUCCAUAACCGAUGCUGUGUCCAUUUUAGUGCAUAGUAUCAGGAGACACAUCAUGUCAGUUUGUCCCAUUAUUAAUAACGUUAACUUUGAUCAUUUGAUAAGUAGUGUCUGCCAAGUUUCUCCAGAUUUGUGUUUUGUUGUUUUAAAUUGUCCCUGGCUGCCAUAAAUAGAAGGGAGUAGAGGUGGCCAGAAUGGGGGCCGUGACAGUAAGUGGGUGGGAGAUGGUGGGAGGCCAGUUUAGGGAGGUAGCAUUGAUUUGCCCAAAGCACAUUGCCUAUUAGAGCCAGAACUGGGACUAGGAUACAGACGUCCUGAUGCCCAGUCCCAGGUUCCUCUCACAUCACCAGCUCUAGGACACUAGUGCCAUUAAAUCAGGGAUAAAUAAAAAGUUAAGAGAUUAAUGUCUCAGAAAAUCCAGGCUAAGGAUAGUAACUCCCCAGCACACCCCUACAUGUGAUCAAGGACCCUCCCAAGUACAUCACUACGUAAUGUUUCUGCAGGCAGAGUUGUUUACUCCCACGAUGCCCCAUAUAUCCUACGUGUUCCAGCUCAUGAGCUUUUAAGCAUCUGUUUUCCCUACAAAACCAUGUGUGAAUCACAGGAACAGCGCCUAUAGUUCAUUCAUUUUUGGUUCUUCUGUACCUAACACAGGGCCAGGUUCAGUGAAAUCUUAGCUCUGAGCUUGCUAGCAACCAAGUCGAAAAGGGAAAGAAGAUGUAUUUUGAGGCUUGGCUUUCUUGUCUAGUCAAAGGAAGCAAAACAGUGUUUGAUGUUAAACGUUGAUAGGAGAGCAAAUCUGAGCCAUACUGAAAUACUGACCGGGGACCUGUUGAUUCCCAUGUCUGAUUUGAAAGAGGAGGGGAAGAAAGGGAAGGUGGUAAUGAUCAGGUUCUGUAGCAAGUCCAUGGAGAGGCAUUUGUUGAGCAGCCUCAGAGGCUCUGUGCUGCUGGGCUUACCAACAGUGGGAAGAAACUCAGGGAGACCGUUGCCCAGAAAGUGAGAUCCCAGGAGAUCUUUCUUUUUAUAUGGUAAAAUAUGCAUAAAAUUUACCAUUUUAAUUUUUUUAAGUAAUUUUAACGUUAUAGUCCUGUGACGUUAAACACAUUCACACUGUUGUAUAACCAUCACCACCAUCCAUCUCUAGAACUUUUUCAUCUUCCCAAACUGAAACUCUACCCGUUAUAUACUAACUUUCCAUUCUCCCCCAUCUCCAGCAACUACCAUUCUACUUUCUGUCUCUGUGAAUUUGACUGUUCUAGAUAUUUCAUAUAAGUGGGACCAUACAAUAUUUGUCCUUUGGUGUCAGGCUUAUUUCAUGUAGCAUAACGUCUCAAGGCUUAUCAAUGUUAUAGCGUGUAUCAGAAUUUCAUUCCUUUUUAGGGCUGAAUAAUAUUCCAUUGUGUGUAUAGACCACAUUUUGUUUAUUCAUUCAUCCAUCAAUGAACAUUUGGGUUGCUUCCAUCUCUGCCUAUUGUGAAUAAUGCUGCCGUGAACAUUGGUGUACCAAUAUCUGUUUGAGUGCCUGUUUUCAAUCAUUUUGAGUAUAUACGCAGAAGUGAUAUUGCUGGAUCAGAUGGUAAUUUUAUGUUUAACUUUUCGAGGAAACUCCACACUGUUUUCCACAGCAGCCAUACCACUCUGUAUCCCCACCAGCAAUGCACAAGGGUUCCAACUUCUCCAUAUCUUCUCCAAUGUCUGUCAUUUCUGUUUUUAAUAGUAACCAUCCCAACGGGUGUGAAGUCCCAGGAGAUUCUGAUACAUAGUUAGACCACAGAGAGAGCUUCCUCUCUGGGGAGCAAGGGGAUACUAGACAGGGCUCGUGGGCAUACUUGGGCCCAUCCACAUCGCAGAGCUCUCAGAAACCAGAAGUCUGAAGCUCCUCAGGUCAUAGCGCAGGAGCUCGCCUCUGACCUCUGAUCCUGACUCCUUCCUGGCCUCUCCCCCACAGGUGCCUGGCUACGGCAAACCAUGCGGUGAGCCAUGCCCCGCCCUGGACACCCCCGCCCAUCAUCUGGGCCCCCACGCUUGGGACCCUGGGAGCGGCCAACGGAGCUAUGCCUGGAGACAUAUGACGAGCCAUCCUGGGCCCCACCGAGCCGCCGCACUCGUAGGCCAGACCCCAAGGACCCCGGCCACCAUGGACCCGAGAGCCUUACCUUCAUCUCUGGCUCUGCUGAGCAGGCUGCUGAGCCCCCAGCCUGCUGCCUGCUCUGGCGACCCUGGGUGUGGGACUGGUGCCGGGCUGCCUUCUGCUUCCGCCGCUGCCGGGAUUGCCUCCAGCGCUGUGGAGCCUGUGUGCGGGGCUGCAGCCCCUGCUUGCCCGCUGGGGACUCCCCUGAAGGGGCUGCUGAAGCCAGCUGGGUCAAGGAGCACAACGGAGUGCCUCCCAGCCCUGACCGUGCCCCCCCCAGCCGGCGGGACGGCCAUCGGCUCAAGUCGGCCAUGGGGAGCAGCUUCAGCUACCCUGACGUCAAGCUCAAAGGCAUUCCUGUGUAUCCCUACCGCAGCACCACCUCCCCAGCCCUGGACGCGGACUCCUGCUGCAAGGAGCCACUGGCCGACCCCCCACCCACGCGGCACAGCCUGCCCAGCACCCUUGCCAGCAGUCCCCGAGGCUCUGAGGAGUACUACUCCUUCCACGAGUCGGACCUGGACCUGCCCGAGAUAGGCAGUGGCUCCAUGUCCAGCCGAGAGAUCGAUGUGCUCAUCUUCAAGAAGCUGACAGAGCUGUUCAGUGUACACCAGAUCGACGAGCUGGCCAAGUGCACCUCAGACACUGUGUUCCUGGAGAAGACCAGUAAGAUAUCGGACCUUAUCAGCAGCAUCACCCAGGACUACCACCUGGAUGAGCAGGACGCUGAGGGCCGCCUGGUACGCGGCAUCAUUCGCAUCAGUACCCGAAAGAGCCGUGCCCGCCCGCAGACCACAGAGGGGCGCUCAACCAGGGUGGCUGCCUCUGCUGCCCCUGCCCCUGACAGUGGCCAUGAGACCAUGGUGGGCUCAGGGCUCAGCCAGGAUGAACUCACAGUGCAGAUCUCCCAGGAGACGACCGCAGAUGCCAUCGCCAGGAAGCUGAGGCCUUAUGGAGCCCCAGGAUACCAAGCCAGCCACGACUCAUCCUUCCAGGGCACCGACACAGACUCUUCAGGGGCACCCCUGCUCCAGGUCUACUGCUAACCCGCACUGGGCCCAGGGGCCGCAACCCCUUCUGAGAGAAGCACAUCUACUGCAUGAAGAGAGAGACCAGAACCCUCUUUGUGGGAGGGAGGCCAUGAGCCCAGAAGCAGUGCCCACUCUGGCUCCUCCUGCCUUGGCUGACUGGUUCCUGGACCACACGCAUUUCACUGGGCCACGGUGCCCACAUCCCCCGGGUCCUCCGCUGGCCUGACCCCUGCCUGGGUCUGUUCCUUCCUGCCCACAGUCUUCAGGAAGCCUAGGUCAUGGAAAGCGAAGACUGAGGGGUUAAUUUCUGGAACUGGAUCCUGACUCUGCCCCCAUAACAUGCUCCCCCUGUAACAUACACCCCAUGACCAAUCAUGCAAACCUCCCCCUCCCCAGGACAGCUGGGAGGGAAGGUAACAGGUAAAAGAAGCUUGUCUUAAAUGGGUGGGGUUUGGGGGCAGGCAGGGCCUCGGGAAUUCUGUGGGCAGUGCCCAAUCCACGUUACGUUCUGUUGAGCAGUUAGGUUCCCGGCUGAUGUUCUACAUGCUAACGUGACUAUAGUACAAAACUGAAUAGACAUCUGUCUGCUCA